UGUAUGUAUGUAUUAUAUCCGCGAGCACCGGAAAAUGAAAUCUCCCUCCACUUCGGACCUCCCGGAGCUCCAACAGUAUCUAAACUGAACCGACCUCCCAAAAAAGCCACCUCCGACGAUCAGACAUGCUCGCCGCCGCCGCCGCCGCAAAGACUCUGUUCCCGAUGCAACGUCCCGAGCAACGCUCAGCUUGAGGAGUAGCUCCUCGCGGAAGAAAGGAUUGCUUUGCUGGUCUCUCGCAAAUGCCCCCGGAGAGACCCUCCUCUUGGACAGUCGACUCCGACAUUGAAGGAAUCGACCUCGACCCUUCCGAUUUUGGCUCCUCAAUCCCGCUCAAGAAGGUCCCCAACGGCGACAUCUUCGAGGCCUCCCGCGCCGGCGAUGUUGACCGACUCAGAUACUUGUUGGAGACCGGAAUCAAUGUAAAUGCUCGGGACCAAUGGGACUCGGUGGCUCUGUACUACGCCUGCCUUGCGGGUCACCUGGAUGCUGCAAGGAUGUUACUGGAGAGCGGUGCAAUAUGUUCGGAGCACACUUUUGAUGGCGACAGGUGCCACUAUGCAGCCCUUAACUUGAAGGUGCGGAAGCUUUUGAAGGCCUUCGAGGCAAGGCCGCCACCUCUGGGUCCUUUGCAGGCGGCUCUGAGAGAGACUUUCUUCGGCUGUGCGGCUAACAGGGCAUUCAGUGAACAAGCAGUGAGUCUCUUCCUGGGUUCAGGGUUGGCAUCUAUCGGGAAUCCGACUUAUGAUAUCUUCCCUCCAGACGUGGUAUUUUUCAUUCAAGGGAGACCUAUCGAAGGGCACAGAGUCAUCUUAAGUGCUCGAUCACCGUUCUUUAAGAAGAAGUUUGAGACUGACUGGAAAGGCCGCAGAGAAGUCAGAUUUUCAAAGGAAAAGUUGUCAUAUCCCGCCCUAUACAGCCUACUCCAUUUCUUCUAUUCUGACAGAUUAGAGAUCUCUGUGGAGGACAUGGAAGAUCUUGUGAGGAUCUGUAAAGUCUGCAAGUGUGAGUCGCUGCAGAAGACACUGGAAAAAGAGUUGAUCCACCAAAAGUAUGCUGAAUAUAAAGCUUUGAGAGAUGUGGACAACUCCCAGAAGCGGUUCAUCUUACAAGGCUCGUCCCUUCUUGAAGAAGAACGCCUUCCAGCUGCCAUGAACCGAAUCCUUGAAGCUUCUCUCAGCAAUUCAUCAAGAAAUCACAAGUUGGAGAACAGCGGUCAUAGUUUAGUUGCUUCUCUUGGUGCAUUGCAGAUAGAUGAAUUUGUAGAUGAUCUCGCAGAUGUUUGCGUCAAAGUUGAUAAAAAGGUUUUUCGUUGCCAUCAGGUGGUUCUAGCUUCGAGGUCGGAGUACUUCAAAGCUAGGUUAUCUCGUAUGAAGGAAUUUAAUGAAGAGAGAGAUAAAUUUCCUCUCGAUAAGCUUCCAUGUCUUGAAGAACAUGAUUUGAGCAUGGACACGUUUGAGAAAAUGAUCGAAUAUAUGUACACUGAUAGUUUAAAAGAGAUUGAUCGCGAUCAGGCAGAGGAAAUGUUUGAUGCUGCCUCAAGAUAUCUAUUGUUUCCUUUAAAGCGAGCUGUUGCUGAUGUGUUACUGCCGCACCUGGAAAUGGUCUCGCCCGCUGAGUUGUGCCAUUGGUUAAUGCUAUCAGACAUGUAUGGUGUCCUGAAGAUUCGAGAGUACUGCCUAGACACGAUGGCGUGUAAUUUUGAGACAUUUGCCGAUACUCCUGAGUUCAGGGCUAUGCUGUUAACGCUCCCUCCUCCAUCGGGAGAUUCCUCGCUCCGAACUACUGUUCCAAGCGCUCCUGGCGCUGUGGUGAAUACAGAUCAAGGCAAUCUUCUUGAUGAUCUACGAGAGAAAUGGCUCGAAGCUGAAGCUGCUGAGCUCGACAAGAGAGAUGAGAGUGCACUUCUUUUUGAUAAGCGGCUUGAGAUGCUUAUGCUAGUGGCUGAACAAGAGAAGUCGACCAACUUGAGCAACGAAGGUGAAGAUUUGGUUGUAGAAUGAAUGAAUGUACUCUUGUCCUGUUUGUGUUUGUGUUCUUUUACUUGUGUCGAGCAAAGGAAGGAGAGAGGUGAAGUCUAGUUGAUUUUUCCAAAUAUACAAGUAGAAUAAAUGGACUGAUUCGUUUCUUCCU